UUAAAGGCAUUGAUAAGAAAACAUUUCCCGUUGUGUUCCAUUCACAUCCAAGUGGUUGGAAUACCCAAGUGUUUUUUUUCUGAGUACAUGAGUGGAUACGUUAGUCCCUUUGUUGAAAAAAAUGUAGAGAAAAUAACCUCGAUUAUAACUGUCUUGUGAUUGUUGAUAAUUGUGCAGCUCCUGGCAUUACCGAGUAUGGCGGUAACAUUUGUGUUGCGUUCUUACCACCGAAUACGACAUCAUUGCUGCAGUCGUGUGACCAAGGCCUAAUAGCCACAAUCAAGGCUUACUAUACGCAAAAUGUGAUGCGUUUUAUUGUAAGUGCCAUUGACAGAGAGGGCAACUCCGAAGCAUCUUUGCGAGAGAUCUUGAAAGAGUACAAUAUAAAACUGGCAAUCGCCAACAUUGGAGAUGUUCUCGAUAGGCUAACAGUCUCGAUGAGAAAUGACGUUUGGAGGAAACUAUGUCCCGAAGCAGUGAACGAUUUUAAAGGCUUCGAACCAUCAACAAUAAAUACGGCAAUAGUAAUUUUGGCUAAGGAGGCUGGGUUUGUGGAAGUUGACGAAGAUGAUGUUGAAGAGGUUUUGGCAUCCCAUGACCAAGAACUGACUGAUGAAGAGGAAAGGAUAACAAUCGAAACCGAACGCAGUAGCGAACUAGAAAGUGAAGUCGUCCAGGAACUAAACAUUAAGCAAUUAAGUGAGAUUCUCGCUGCAAUUGAAAACUCUGCAAUGACUGCAGAAAAGUAGGACUUUUAUUUUGAAAGGGUACAUAGGUUUAGGGCAGGAUGUUUUGAGUGCUUACAAAGAACUGUAUGAUAGAAAAAUGCGCGAGGCUAAGCAGUCAAGCAUACUGUCGUUUUUCAAGCCCUCCACAUCAGCCACAGCAGACGAUGAAACUCGACCUUCGACAUCGAGGCAGGCAGAUGUAGAAGAAGGUGACCUGCCUGCCCUGAUGGAAACAGACGACGAGAUGACAGCCCACCACCCCAACCUCCGACAACUCAGCCUAACACACCAUCGUCAGUGUGCUCACUGUCUUCCCGAUUCCGUACUGGAUUAAUGAAUACACCUCAUCGCUGGGAAUUGGUGUCUUCCACUCAGGCAUUGAAAUUUAUGGCAGAGGUCACGAGAUUGCAGAUGCUGGAAUUUGGAGCAACAAACACAGUUCUGGAGGAACUCGGCAAGUCAGGCAACAUCUGUGGAGGUGUGCUGGGCUGGGCCAUCCUUCUACCAUCACCCAAGUUUGCAUAUGGAGGCCAUCCAUAUCCAUUUUCAGGAAUAUUUGAGAUCACUCCAGGAGAUUCAACUGAACUUGGCGAAACAUUUAAAUUUAAACAAGCCAUUGUAAUGGGUAGCACUGACUUUACAGAGGAUGAUGUAGAACACAUUGUUGAAGAGCUAGGAAAAGAAUACAAGGGAAAUGCUUAUCAUCUAAUGCACAAAAAUUGUAACCAUUUUUCAUCAGCUAUAUCAGAGUUUACAAAGGGCAAGGGAUCUGCAGAAGUUUUUGAUUCGGAACAAGAAGGCAGUGGGAGAGCACCUAAGGAUUUCCAGCAGGAAGAUAUUUUGAGUUCUCGGGGGGAAGAGAGAGGCCAGACUGCGCAGAUCCUGUGCGGGAAAGAGAUCCCUCGGUGGGUCAAUCGGUUGGCUCACUUCAGUUCGUGCAUUCCAUUCCUGCAGAGCUGCUUGCCAAAGGAAUGGCUGACACCAGCUGCCCUCCAGACCAGCGUGAGCCACGAGCUGCAGGAAGAACUUGAGGAGGCAGAAGAGGCAGUGGCUUCAACCGCUUCAGGGUCUACGUCUAAGUCGACGUUAGCGAGGCCAGGACACCACACCAAAUUAUGAUCCUGCAUAGUGACUCAAGAACUGACUUUUUGUAGACCUGCAACUGACCUUUUAUUUUUUAAGAGAAGAAACUAUUGCAAUUGUUAGGAACUGUGCUGCAGGGUGCUGAAUGUUAUUUUUGUUUUACAUCUUCCUCAGAGUUUUACCUAGAAUCAACUGUUUUUGUUUUUGUAGCUUGUGUGUGUGAGUGUGAGAGAGAGAGAGUGCGCGCAAAGGACACACACCACUUUCUGAGGCUUGAAGAGGGGUUACUGCAAAGAACUUACAUUGUAAGGUUCAUAUGACAGUAUUUUGGAUAAUUGUUUACAAAGUCCCAUGUUGCUAAACCUGGGAUCAACACUAAUGCCCUGUAGUAGUGAUUUUAUCUUUUAAAGCAAUCUUUGAAGUGGACCAGUACAGUAAUGAAACUAUUCAUUUGCUGGGAUAUAUUCAAUGGCUUUUUUGCAUUAUUUUCAAUCCCACACACUCCAUGAUUAAAAUACAAAACAGUUACUAGAUUUUCCAAGUGUUCUUUAUUUUAAAAAUACUUAUAUUUAUAAAGCAAAAAUCUUUUUAAAGGCUUCCAAAACUGUACCAGUCUACAAAAUGCAAAGUUAAAUUGUUGCUGGACACAAUCUAAAACAUAGUGAGCAAUAAGCUUUUCACCAGCAUUUUCUGAACAGGGAACUUGUUUUUUUUUGCUUAAGAUGAAAUAAUUAGUGUUCUUGGGGCUAAGAGUACAAGACCUCUUCAACUGCAUUGAACAGUAAGUGGAACAAACCAAAACUACCUGGCAUACCAUGAGGGUGCCCCAUUCAAGUGGUAUUGUAAAUUAUCUUUUUAAACUUUAACAUUAGCAGUUGCAUCUGAAGAAUUUUUAAAAAAUCUUUAAACUCUAGUUCAUUACAUUUUAGGAGGAAUUAGCACUUCAAGAUGUAUACUUAGACGAUUGUGAAUCAUGCAAUUUGAAACAAUUUUUUUUAAAGAAUGGAAUCAUUUUGACUCUGGGAAUUUGUGAUGUAAAUUUUUCCUCCAGAAAUGAUUUACAGUAUUCUAAGGAGGUGGUGUUUUGGUCAUGUGCUGUUCCAGCCAGCUUAGCAUAAAUAAUGUAACCAUCUCAAACUGGUCCAAACCCUUAUUCCUUUAUUUUAGUUUUGUCUCAGCAACCCUAACAAGUUGUCCUUGCAGUUGAUACUUUGCACUGUUGUGUGCCUUAGCAAUUUUCUAAAUGGGGUAUUACAGACUAUCUUAAACUUGUACAAGGUUACUUAAAGGGGCAUUGUGAUCUGUGCUUGUAUAUAGAUCCUCCUUGGGUACCAUGCUAAUCAGAAUUUGUUAGUCAGCCCACAGAUAUGUUACAAAAGCAUAAUAUUUGCUGGGUUUUUUCAGAUACAUUUGAUAUUAUACAUAAACAGUAAUAUUAUGAAGUCUUUUACAUCUUUGACUGUUAACAUUGUGACACUAGUUGGAGCUGAUAUAAUUUGAUUGAAGUUGAUCCCUAAAUUUAAUUGUGCUUCAAAUAGGAGCUCUUGACACCCUGCCAAGGAUUAUGUUGCUGUUUUAGUAGUAUUCCUGACACUGCCUGACUCUUGCUGGCAACACAACUGUUGUCAAGAUCAUUUGCCAUUGUUUAUGCAAGCAUAAAGUUAAUUCCAGUCCAGUGUUUGUUCUCCCUUUUUCUUGUUGCUUCUGUCUGAGAGGUGGCUGAAGGACAGAUGAAUUCAAAUCUGCCCACCCUUCUGAGUUUUGUUGCUUAAAGUCAUAAGAAAUAAUUUGGCAGCGUCCAUUGCUGAGGAAUAGUAAGCAUUAUGAGGUUGCUACUUGGUUCAUUUCUAUAAGUAGAUCUGUAGCUUACCUAUUGUCAGAAAUUGUUCUCAAAAACUUGUACAAUCCCACUGACUCUCUGAAGAACAGUAGUAGUUCAUCAUAAUAUUCAGAUUGCCUUGUGGAGCACUACCUUACUAAGCAAGAGUUGUGGGUACUAAUAACUGUCAUUAUACAUUGUGUAAAGGUUGUGCAAGCCUGCACAGCAUCAUCUCUUGGUUGGUCCAGAGCGUUCGCACUCAAUUGCCAGGUACAUCUGUGAGGUGCCUUUUAAUUAUGAUAUAGGGUACUAUUGAUAAUCCAGGUCAAUUCAUCCAAAAUACCUCAUCCAAAAUGUGUUUUCCACUCCAGUAGCUGUAAAAUUUGUUCCAGUUAAAUAUUUAAAUAUUAUGUAGGUAGUAAGUCCUUUGCUAUUCCAAACCUUGCAUACUUUAAAAGUAAUUCUUGUGACUUUAUUUUUGAAUAAAUGAUGUGAUGGCAACAUUAAAGAAUUGUUUAUUGUAAAACUUGGUUGUUGUUUAAAUGUGUUUUAGUUUUAGAAAUUCAGUUUCUGACACCCAUAAUCUACAUCUAGUUAUU